AGUGAUUAUUUAUGUUUUGUAUCUAGUUACAGCACACUAUUGAUUCCAUUUCAACAUGGCUCAUCGAUAUUUAAUUUGUCUUGCUGCAAGGGCUCCUCUCCAGGGAGUGCUAAGCCCUUGUAGAAGCUGUGUAGGAACAAGUCAGAAAUGGUAUUCAAGGAGUUCAGUAUCUCCACUCUUACAAAACAGACAUUCCCCACCACACAAAGGCCUCACACCUGUCACAUAUAUUACCUGCUCGUCACAUAAUCUCUCACUAACUGUUGAUGAAUGCUUCAGAGACAAUCAACCUAAACAUAUACAUUUUGGUAGCUCUUGUAUAGGUAAAUCUGUAGAUUAUAGAGUAUUAAAUCACCCUGUGUUAUCAAUAAAUCGUCAUUUCCAUACGACUACAACUAAUCGAAAAGAGGAAUCAACUGUUGAAAAAAGUGUGAAAGCUUUACAAGACAAACCUCCAGACACAGAGCCUAAAGCAGCACCAGUCGCAAGUGCCCAAGAGACUCAGGUGGUGGCAACAAAGACUCUAUGGCAACGCUUUGUGGCUGAGUUGAAGCAUUAUUAUCAUGGGUUUCGACUGCUGUGGCUGGAUGUAAAGGUCUGCAGAAGGUUAGUGUGGGCACUGCUGAAUGGCAAACAGCUGACCAGGAGAGAAAACAAACAGCUGGUGAGAACGUCUGCUGACCUGUUUCGACUUGUGCCUUUCAUGGUAUUCCUUGUAAUUCCUUUCAUGGAGUUCCUUUUACCUGUUGCCCUGAAACUCUUUCCCAACAUGUUACCCAGUACUUUCCAAGAUGACAAGCCUGGCAGUAAGAAGGAGCUGGAACUGAGUAAAAAGAAGCUGAAAGUUAAACUGGAGAUGGCAAAGUUCCUUCAGGAUACCAUCGAAGAGAGUUCCCUGCAGUCAAAAAAGGGCAAGAAAGAGAGCAAAAUGGUGGGAGAGUUCUCAGAAUUUCUACAAAAGGUGCGUCAGGAAGGCUUUGUUCCAGAGAAUGAAGAGAUUCUACGGUACAGUAAGCUGUUUGAGGAUGAGAUAACCCUAGAGAAUUUGACCAGACCACAACUUCAGGCACUUAACCAUGUAUUAAACAUCCCAAACUCAUAUGCCCCUGAUAACAUGCUACGUUUUCAACUGAGAAUGAAACUACGACAACUAUUCGCUGAUGAUAAGAUGAUAGAAAAGGAAGGCAUAGACAGCCUAACAACCUGGGAGCUGCAGUCAGCAGUACGAGCAAGAGGAAUGCGUGCUUUAGGUGUGUCUGAGGAGAGACUAAAGGUACAACUUCAACAGUGGCUGGAUCUGCAUCUGACACAGAAGAUCCCAAUAUCUCUCCUUCUCCUCUCACGGGCGCUCUACCUCCCCGAAACUCUCUCUACACCUGAACAGCUGAAGGCUACUAUCUCGGCUCUGCCAGAGUCUACGACUACAGAGGCGAAGAUCAAGGUAGCUGAGAUCCACGGAGAGAAGGUGGACAACAAGGCUAAGUUAGAGCUGAUCAAGCAACAAGAACAGGUCAUUGAGACAGAGAGGAAGGCAAAGGAUGAGGAACUAGAGAAAACAAAGGCAAAGGAUGAGGAACUUGAGAAAGCCAAGGUGAAGGACGAGGAACUUGAGAAAACGAAGAUGGAGGAGGUGAUAGAAGAGGUAGAAACACCAGCCCCACCUGAGAAAGAAGUUGUGGAACCAGUGAUGGUAGACACAGCACCUAUCAUGGAGGCCAAACCUACAGAAACAAUGGUGGAUGCAGCCCCAUCUUUAACUGAGAAGGAGGAUGAAGAGGAGGAAAUCACACCAAAAGAGUUGGAGGAUAUCGAGGCUGCCCUGGGUGAGAUUGCACAUGAAAAGGCAAUUAAUAUUGACCAGGAGAAGAUCAAAGACCUGAAGGAGGAUGUAGAGGAAUACAAGGAGGACUUAGAAGACUUAAAGGCUGUGAUAUUGGACAAGGGAUUAGAGGAGGACCUUGUGGAGUCCAAGGGUGCCAAACGUCUCGCUAAACAGGUCAACAAGCUGAUUGACACCAUGGACUCAGAGUUUGCUAAGCUGCACACAAAGAAGGAAGAAAUCCAGGAAGCCAUAGAAAUGGGUGAAGUCAAGAUAAGACGAAGUGCUGAGUUCAAAGAGGAUGAGGAGAAACGAGAUGCAUUCCUGCAGAAAAUGGCAGAGGAAACGAGGAAUUUGAUCAGCAUCAAUGACCUACUGCUGGCCCUAAAGAGACUUCAGAAGGUGCCAAACGAGACCAGACUCCAGAGGAUCGCAGAAGUACUCGAUGAAGACAAAGAUGGAAACAUUGAUAUUGGACAUGUGCUCAAGGUGAUAGAACUGCUGGCCAGGGAGAAUGUUAAACUGAGCCCCACCCAGGUAACCGAUGUCAUUGACCUGCUCAAGAAGGAGUCCAUUAUUGAAGAGGAAGAAAAAGCAAAGGAAAAACAAGAGAAACAAAAGAAACAACAGGAUGAGGAAGACUGUAAAAAACAGGAAGCCAGCGGCUGAGACCCUGCUGAUUAAAAUGAAGACAAGUCUGACACUGCUUGUGGACAUUGUUUGUCACACAGUCAUAUACAGUCAGUCCAUCAACCACAAAGACAUGAGGGAGUGGUGAGUUCUGUCUAGAUAUCGACAGUAAAUAUGAAGAUAAAGACUGAAGACAACUUAUCUCAAGCAGAACUGACAGUGGUGAGGUCAGAAGUAGACCUUGUGCCCACAAGAAAAGACAGAAAGCAAAAAAUUUUCUGUCACAGUAUAUACAAAGAACAGGCAGUACCUAAGGACUUGUGGUACAGCCUGUUAUUUCCUGGGCAUAAGGAAAUGAAACACUGAACAGGAUUUAUAUAUCAAGGCAUUUGCUUUUGUCUGUGAUGUACAACAUAUAAUUUUAGAUGUUGAUUAUGGUGCCUAGUGAUAAAUACUAUGAAGCUGAUUUCUGUACAGUAAGGUAUAAAAAUGUCUACAAAUGAUGAUUUUUCCCUGGAUUUUGCUAUUUAUAUGAAUAUUUCUGUAAUGAGAUUAAAUGGUUUCAUUUUGAAAUUGAAAUUUCAAAAAAUAUGUUGAAAACAUAAAAGAAAACAUAAUUUAUAUAUUGAUGGAUUUAAUCUCAGAAAACUUUGAUAUACAGUCUACAUCAAUUUCCAAAACCCAUUUGUUCAUUGAUAUGAUGAGAUAUUACAUAGUUGAUGGAAUUUUUGUACACUUUACACCUGAAACCUAAUACUGAAAUUAAGCAUAAUGCCAAAUUUGACAUGUAUGUAACUUCCUCUACCUUCAAGUCUACAGCUUGCACAUCCUUCAAGAAAUACAAACAAAUGUUGCCCACUAAUACACACAAGUACAGCAGGGCAUGCUUCAGUUUUCUAUGUGGGGAAAAAAUUAUUUUUAUCUUGCAAUGAAAAAACUUAUUACGUCAUUUUAAAAAUUUUUUUUUAACAAACUGUGAGUUAGAAUCUUGCUCUUUGUGCAUAAAGUCACACAAAAAUACAAAAUCAGAGAGUAUAUGACAAUCAUUGAGGUUUAUUUGACAUUUGUGAUAAUGAAAUUUAGUGAUUUUGUUUUCUUUUUAACAAGAAAGUC